AUGCACUCUCCUUCUAUUCAAGUCUUCGCAGCACUCGUUCUUGCAGUCACCAGUGUAGUAGCUGCCACUACACCUGCACCAACUGCCGCGCCCAGUCCCAGGGAAAUCGAAGAGGCGCUGAAGGAACGUGCAGUUGAGAAACGUGCCGACAAAUGCACUUUCUCAGGAGCUAAAGGCUACUCGCUUGCCAGCAAAUCCAAGGCCUCCUGCUCGACUAUCAUCCUCAAAUCUCUCAGUGUGCCAGCCGGAAAGACGCUUGACCUUACCAAACUUCCCGACAACACCGACGUUAUCUUCGAAGGUGAGACUUCCUUCGCUUAUCACGAGUGGGAAGGUCCAUUAUUUUCUGUCAGUGGCAAGGGUAUUACCGUCGCCGGUGCAUCUGGAGCUACUCUGAAUGGUAAUGGUCCAUAUUACUGGGAUGGCAAGGGUGGUAGUGGUGGCGUCACAAAGCCCAAGUUCUUCCAGGCUCACGAUUUGACGGACUCGCUUAUCGAACCAAUCACCAUUCUCAAACCACCAGUCUAAGUCUUCAGCAUCAAUGGUGUCAGCAAUCUUGUGGUCGCAUGUAUUACUGUUGACGCCUCUGCCCGAGAUGCGAAAGCAAAGAACACAGAUGCAUUUGACAUUGGGUCUUCCGAUGGUGUUACUAUUAGUAAGUCCUGGUCAAUCCAUGCAGAUAAAGAGUGCUUACUGACUGUCAUCAACAGAGGGUGCUAAAGUGUACAAUCAAGACGAUGUAUGACAAUAUUUCCUUGCCCCCCUUUUCUUACUCACUUGCCCUUGUAGCUGAGAGGGUGGUGAAUCUGCGCACCUCUCUACGCUGAUCCAACCCGGAAAAAACUUGAACUAAUCAUACAUUUCAGUGUGUUGCAGUAAAGUCCGGAUCUAACAUCCUUUUCACUGGUGGAUUGUGCUCUGGUGGACACGGUCUUUCCGUCGGCUCCGUUGGUGGCCGUAAAGACAACACCGUGGAAAAAGUCAGCUUCACAGACUCGACUGUUACCAAACCAGUACAAGGCAAGUAUUUCCAGAGUUCUGAAAGAUAUCACAAAAGCUAAUAUCACGCAGCUAUCCGCGUCAAGGCCAGAGCAGGGACCACCGGCGCUAUCAAGGCCGUAACAUACAGUGGCAUCACCAUGAGCUCCAUCUCCAAGUAAGCAAUUGCACCAUUACGUUGUUGUAGGCAUUUGCUAACUAUCAACAGGUACGGUAUUCUCAUCGAACAAAAUUACGAUGGCGGAGAUCUUCACGGAACUGCCACAUCAGAUCUUCCAAUCACUGGCCUGGUCCUCAAGAACAUUGAGGGAAGCGGAGCCGUAGCCAGCAAGGGUUAUAAUGUUGUGGUUACUUGCGGUAGCUCUUCUUCAUGCUCCAAAUGGAGCUGGUCUGGUGUGGCAAUUUCCGGAGGAAAGAAGUACGCUUCUUGUACAAAUGUUCCAUCAGUCACUUCUUGCUAUUAA